UUUCACUGCGCAUCCGCGGCUCAGGGAGUGCGCAGCGAUCGCUGGGGACAUGUACACUGAUCAGGCACUGAUGAUCAGUGUAACCCCAGAAGUGCCACCUGUCAGUGCUCAUCAGUGCCACGUGCCAGUGCCCAUCAGUGCCACAUCAAUUCCACAUAUCAGUGCAUACCAGUGCACAUCAAUGCCACAUAUCAGUGCCCAUCUGAGUUGCCUUUCAAUGUCACCCAUCAGUGCCAGUCAGUGCCACCUAUCAAUGCCAAUCAGUGCCACCUAUCAGUGCUGCCAAUCAGUGCCACAUAUCAGUGCCAGUCAGUGUCGCCUAUCAGUGCGUAUCAGUGCCAGUCAGUGCCGCCUAUCAGUGCCAGUCAGUGCCGCCUAUCAAUGC